UUUGCGGUGUGCCCUCGCCGCUCGACCCAUUAAUGGCACUUGUCGGCAGGGUUCACAACAUCCUCGCACACGACAUGCUGCUCUGCUUCCGUUCACGACAAGAGAAGGCGGUCCCCCGAUGUGGGUGACGGGCUCCUGCCGUGAAGAGUGGCCGGUGGAAGGACGGAGGACAGUCUGCUUGGGGAACCAGCAGGGCUCGGCUCGCUGGCUGCUGUUAGCCGCGGAGAAGCUAGCAGCGCCGCCAUCAUCUCCUCUCCUCUUCUCACGUCUCCCGCUGACAAGCCCGAGGAUGGAUGGAAGCCUGAAGGCUGGAUCUAGCCCGCCAUCUGCCGCCCUCUGAGCAAUUUUGUUUGACUGAACUGGGAGAAAAAGAGGAAGAUGCCUCCCAGGCCGUCCUCAGGGGAAUUAUGGGGCAUCCACCUAAUGCCUCCAAGCAUGCACCUGCAGGAUCCUGGUGGAUUGCCUAUUGCCCAAUGGGAUGAUUCUGACCCUGGAGUGCCUCCGGGAGGCUACGCUCAUUACCAUCAAGCAUGAGCUGUUUAAAGAGGCCAGAAAGUACCCCCUCCACCACCUUUUGCAGGAGGAGACCUCCUACAUCUUUGUCAGUGUUACUCAGGAAGCUGAGCGGGAGGAGUUUUUUGACGAGACUCGAAGGUUGUGUGACCUUAGACUUUUUCAGCCCUUCCUUAAGGUCAUUGAACCAGUUGGCAACAGAGAGGAAAAGAUCCUGAACAGAGAGAUUGGUUUUGCCAUUGGUAUGCCGGUGUGCGAGUUUGACCUGGUGAAGGACCCUGAAGUUCAAGACUUUAGGAGAAACAUUCUGAAUGUGUGUAAGGACUCUGUCGAGCUGAGAGAUGCCACCGGGCCCCACAGCCGAGCCCUCUAUGUUUAUCCACCCAAUGUAGAAUCCACACAGGAACUACCAAAACACAUUUACAGCAAACUGGACAAAGGUCAAAUUAUUGUUGUAAUUUGGGUUAUUGUGUCUCCAAAUAAUGACAAACAAAAGUAUACGUUGAAGAUCAACCAUGACUGCGUGCCCGAGCAGGUGAUUGCAGAGGCCAUUCGUAAGAAGACACGCAGUAUGCUGCUUUCCCCCGAACAACUAAAGAUGUGUGUUCAGGAAUAUCAGGGUAAAUACAUACUCAAAGUUUGUGGCUGCGAUGAGUACCUACUGGAAAAGUACCCUAUCAGCCAAUAUAAGUACAUCCGUAGUUGUAUCAUGCUGGGCAGGAUGCCUAACCUGAUGCUCAUGGCUAAGGACAGCCUCUACACCCAGUUGCCUCCUGAUAACUUUGUCAUGCCGUCAUACUCACGCCGCAUCUCCACGGCAACAUCAUAUAUGAAUGGUGAGGCAGCUGCCAAGUCGCUGUGGACAAUCAAUGGAACACUCCGAAUACGGAUCCUCUGUGCCACCUACGUUAACGUCAAUAUAAGGGACAUAGACAAGAUUUAUGUGAGAACAGGCAUUUACCAUGGAGGAGAACAGAUGUGUGACAAUGUGAACACACAAAGAGUACCCUGCUCCAACCCCAGAUGGAAUGAGUGGCUGACCUAUGACAUGUACAUCCCGGACAUCCCCCGUGCUGCCAGACUUUGCCUCUCCAUUUGCUCAGUCAAAGGCAGGAAAGGAGCCAAAGAGGAGCACUGUCCUUUGGCCUGGGGAAACGUCAACUUGUUUGACUACACCCACACUUUGGUGGCGAACAAGAUGGCACUGAACCUCUGGCCUGUUCCUCAUGGCCUGGAAGAUCUCCUUAACCCCAUUGGUGUCACAGGCUCCAACCCCAAUAAGGAAACACCAUGUCUGGAGCUGGAAUUUGACCACUUCAGUAAUCAGGUCAAAUACCCAGAUAUGAACGCUGUUGAGGAUCAUGCUAACUGGACAAUCUCAAGAGAAUUGGGGUUUAACUACAACUUCUCUGGUCAGAGCAAUCGUGUGGCAAGAGAUCACGCCCUGACCGACGGUGACACGGAUCAAAUGAGACAGCUGAGUAACAGAGACCCUCUCUCAGAAAUCACUGAACAAGAAAAAGACUUCCUCUGGAGACACAGGCACUAUUGCAUGAAUAUCCCAGAGAUCCUCCCCAAGAUCCUCCUCGCUGUCAAAUGGAACUCCAGAGAUGACGUAGCACAGAUGUACUGCCUAUUGAAGGAAUGGCCCUCCAUUCGUCCAGAGCAGGCCAUGGAACUGUUGGACUGUAACUACCCGGAUCCCAUGGUCAGACACUUUGCUGUACGCUGCCUGGAUAAAUACCUGACUGAUGACAAAUUGUCUCAGUACCUCAUCCAGCUUGUACAGGUGUUGAAAUAUGAGCAGUACCUUGACAAUCCUCUGGCCCGUUUCCUCCUUAAAAAAGCUUUAACUAAUCAAAGAAUAGGACAUUUUUUCUUUUGGCAUCUUAAGGCUGAAACGCACAACAAAACAGUGAGCCAAAGGUUCGGUCUGCUGUUAGAAGCAUACUGCAGGGCUUGUGGCAUGUAUCUCAAACACCUCAGCAGACAAGUGGAGGCCAUGGAGAAGCUCAUCAACCUCACUGAUAUUCUCAAACAGGAAAAGAAAGAUGAGACGCAAAAGGUCCAGAUGCGGUUCCUUGUGGACCAAAUGAAAAGACCCGAUUACAUGGAUGCGCUACAGAAUUUCACAUCUCCUCUCAACCCUGCGAACCAACUGGGCAGUCUGAGGUUAGAUGAAUGCAGGAUCAUGUCAUCUGCAAAAAGACCAUUGUGGCUCAACUGGGAAAAUCCAGACAUAAUGUCUGAGUUGCUCUUUCAGAACAAUGAGAUUAUCUUCAAAAACGGAGAUGAUUUGCGACAGGAUAUGCUGACUCUACAGAUUAUCAAAAUCAUGGAGAAUAUUUGGCAGAAUCAGGGACUGGACCUACGCAUGCUGCCAUACGGCUGUCUGUCAUUAGGAGACUGUGUGGGACUCAUUGAAGUGGUUCGUAGCUCACACACUAUCAUGCAGAUUCAGUGUAAAGGUGGCUUGAAAGGGGCUUUGCAGUUUAAUUCAAACACUCUGCAUCAGUGGCUCAAAGAUAAGAACAAGGGCGAGAUGUAUGAUAUGGCGGUGGAUCUUUUCACAAGGUCAUGUGCUGGCUACUGCGUAGCUACAUUUAUUCUUGGUAUUGGAGACAGGCACAACAGCAACAUUAUGGUCAAAGACGAUGGACAGUUGUUCCAUAUAGACUUUGGACAUUUCCUGGAUCACAAGAAGAAGAAAUUUGGCUAUAAGAGAGAGCGAGUGCCCUUUGUAUUGACCCAAGACUUCCUCAUUGUCAUCAGUAAGGGUUCCCAGGAGUGUGCCAAAACCAAAGAGUUUGAAAGGUUCCAGGAAAUGUGUUAUAAAGCUUACCUUGCAAUCCGGCAGCAUGCUAACCUCUUCAUCAACCUAUUCUCCAUGAUGCUGGGUUCCGGCAUGCCUGAGUUGCAGUCAUUUGAUGACAUUGCUUACAUUAGGAAGACACUGGGACUGGAAAAAACUGAACAGGAGGCGUUGGACUAUUUUAUGAAACAAAUGAAUGACGCUCACCACGGGGGGUGGACCACUAAGAUGGACUGGAUUUUUCACACUAUCAGACAACACGCACUAAACUGAGCCGCACACCAACGAUUUCCAUUCGCCGCUACGUGGUCCUCUCCUCGCUUGCAGGUUUGACAUGUGACUGAAUUUUUUGGUCAUACCGGUGUUCUCCAGUGUGUUGUUAUCUGUGUUGGAAGCCUCAAUAUACUGGAAGUUCCUUCAUCGAGGCUGACAGAAUGCAUUCUUUGUUUUUGUUGAUAGCUCUAGAACAGGGGUGUCAAACUCGAAUACAGAGUGGGCCAAAAUUUUAAACUGAACAAAGCUGCGGGCCAAGGUUGAACAAAUUAACCUUUUAAUAGGGACCCAAACAAGUUUUGCAUUGAAUAUUGAACAAGCAAGGCUUAUAUAGGUAUAUAGAUAAUGUUGAGGUAAAUAUCAACAUUAACUUUUUCCACAGGCUAAUAUAUUUGAAAAUAAACUGUGGACUGGACUUUCGCUGAUGUGUUGGAUCCACUAUGGACUGGACUUUCACAAUAUUAUGUCAGACCCACUCGACAUCCAUUGCUUUCUGUCUCCCCUAGAGGGGGGGGUUACCCACAUAUGCGGUCCUCUCCAAAGUUUCUCAUAGUCAUUCACAUCGACGUCCCACUGGGGUGAGUUUUCCUUGCCCUUAUGUGGGCUCUGUACCGAGGAUGUCGUUGUGGCUUGUGCAGCCCUUUGAGACACUUGUGAUUUAGGGCUAUAUAAAUAAACAUUGAUUGAUUGAUUGAAAAUAACAAUUCAUAAUAAACCAUUCAGGACUUUAAACUGCUCAGUUUGCAACACACUGAUCUAAUCUGGUGUGCCCAAGCCGGAUACCUGGCAUCUUUUCUUGGAUGCUAGUUCAUUAAUGUCGGGGCUCAGGCUUUGAGCUGAGGCAACCUUCAUUAUCGAACUAAGGUGUUCAUCAGUCAUUAUAUUUCGCAGUCCACCCGGACCACAGUCUUGGGGGCGUGCCUUAAAGGCACUGCCCUUAACGUCCGCUUUUCAUCCAUUCUAACGACGUGCCGGCCCAGUCUCAAGAUAUGUGCGGCUUCUGUACGCACACUAGAGAUGCGCGGUUUGCGGACACAACCGCGGAGUCCGCGGAUUAUCCGCGGAUCGGGCGGAUGAAAUUAAAAAAAAAAAGAUUUUAUCCGCUCGCGGGUCGGGUCGGGCGGAUUAAUUAGAUAUUUUUUUAUUUUUUUAUUUUGUAUUUUUUUUUUGCGGGUGGCAGUUAAACCAAUUCGGAAAUAUAUAUACAUAGUUAAAUGUUGUUACCCACAUACGAAAAACGAGCAGGCACCUGCUGCAUAUGCCACAACAGAAGAAAAAAAAAAGAAAAGAGAUGGACACUUUUACGGAGCGGAGAAGGGACGCCUCGCCGGGGUCCGGGACCGAGGCCCCUUCCCCCGAGA